UUUUACGUGUUUUAAGUGAUUCAACCAUAUACCGGCGGGAACCACGUGGUGCUAAUAUGAAUAAACUUGCUUUUGAGCAUGCGCGUUUACAUUCUAAAAAAUUCUGUUGAUUACGUCGUACCGUGUUCUUUGUGUCCGCCAUUUUUUAACGAAAAAUUACGUAAAGAGCGAUUUAUUUGCAAACCAAGUUCUACAUGUUUAAUGUGGUUAUUUUGGAUUGUGGCGAUAUGGCUGCGUUUUUUACUUAAGUAUGUAUCAAUUUUUGAAAUUUUAAAAGCAAUAAACGGGUUUAAGCUGGGUUUAAAUCCCUUGAAAGUUUCUUAUCUGAAAAGAUUGGACGCCGCUAUGAAUAAGUUGUCGUUUCGAGCACGAGCACUUGAUGCUAAUAAGACUUUACCAGUCUAUCAUGAAGAAGAUCUUCCAGAUCUUCCAGAUGUCACUUCGGUUAAUAGAGUUGUACCUCAAAUGCCUACAGGAAUGGAAAAAGAAGAAGAAACGGAACAUCAUUUACAACGAGCAAUAUCUGCUCAACAGAUAUAUGGAGAAGCUCAGCGUCUUAUUAUUCCUACUCCUGAUGCUGUCCUGUAUCAAGCUGAUUAUGAACAACUCAAACGUCCUAAUGUACAAAUGCCAAAGCAGUUUAUUCAUGUUCAAGCUUUCACAUUAGAAGAUGAAUUACCUGAAUAUGACUGUGAUGAUGAUGAUCUGGAAUGGAUUGAAGCUUAUAAUAAAGAUAAACCUAAUAAUGAGAAGAUUACUCCGCUAGAAUUUGAAAAAAUGAUUGAUAUUUUAGAAAAUAGCUCAGGCUCUAGAAUUGAUCUUUUUCUCCUCAGUGAUGCAAAGGCUCUUCUUAAAAAAGAUGUUGGACUUGUUACUCAGCUAUUUGAUUAUUGGAAGCCAAAAAAAAUAAAAGCUACUGUACCUUGCUUGACUCCUACUGUGCGUACUGAAAAAAAAGAUGGUAGUGCUUUGCAUGAUCCUUAUGUUGCAUUUAGAAGAAGAAUAGAAAAAAUGCAAACUCGAAAAAAUCGUAAAAAUGACGAAGCAUCGUAUGAAAAAAUGCUGAGCUUACGACGUGAAUUAAAUAGAGCAUGUCUGUUAAUGGAGAUGGUAAAGCUGCGAGAGGAGAAAAAACGUGAUUUGCUUAAAACAACAAUGAAAAUUCUUGAAACAAGAUAUUCAAAUAAAGAUUUUCAAGGUGAUUUACUGUUCCAAUGUUAUGAUAUUCUAAAGCGCCAAGAGCAACAACAGCCUCAUUUUAAUAAACAGCAAGGAAUUGACGAAAAGAUCAAGAAAGAUUUAACAGCUGACGAAGCACGGAGACGUCAUAAGUUAUUUAAACAACGCUCAGCUAUGCAACAACAGUCAGCUGCUUUUAUGUCAACAGAAAGUAUUCAACAACCUGAAAACUCUUCUCAAACGGUCUCACAAACUCGUGACAUUGAUUCAAUAUCAAAUGAUUGUCCAGAUGGAAAGUAUACUUUUAAACGCGAAAAGGGUGUUAGUUACCAUGCUCCUCAAUAUGAUUUUAUGGGUAAUUGGCCAUGGACUCAUCCAGUUGAAGGAGGAUGUGGUGAUUCAAGGUUUUGUUACAGUUCUACUUCAGUUAAUAAAUCCUAUCACUUUAUUGGUUUUGCAAGGCGUAGAGUAGGCAGAGGAGGGAGAAUUUUGUUUGACCGUGCAUAUAGUCCUUAUGAUGAUUACUUAAAUAAAUCAACUGUUGAAGUUAAAAAUAAUAACAUAAAAAUAGAUUCAAUUGAAGAUAGAGUACCGCCAUGGCCACAUUUCAAGGCUCCACUGGAUUUAUCUGAUAGUGACAGUGAUAAUAUUAUAACUGAACCAGAACCAGUUAGUAGUAAAUGUUUAAAUCAAUGGAUUCAUAAAAGUACAUUAGUAAAAACUAAAUCAAUGACACCAUGUGUCAAAUUAGAUAAAAGCACCAGUUAUCAGCCAUCUCGGUUACGACUGCAUCCAUACUCUACAAAGAUUAAAACGAUGCAAUCUUUAUCUGUUAACAAUCGUUUAUUUUUGGAAUCUAUCGCUUCAAAUUUAGUGAAAAAUUCUGAUUCUAAACAUAUAUUUCUUAAGAAAGUUAAAAAUGAGAACACAGCAUAUCUUCCUGCUAAUUCAUCAUCUGGACAAAUCCCAGCAACAAAUGUGCUGUCUCCAUUAAAAUCACCUUCGGUUGCGCCUGCUUCGUCAGUAUAUCAACUAAAUUUUCCUUUAUCUUCGGUAGCUUCUAUUCCCAAAACUGUAGUAAUUAAUAAUUGUACUGUUAGUCAAAAAUCCUCUAAUAAGUUAAAUGAAAAGUCUGAUAACUCAAAUAGAACUUCACAACUUAUUGUUGUAACGUCUCAACCUGUUGUAUCUCGAAGUUUAAACAAUUCUAUACAGCAAACCCCUGUUGCGCAUAAAAACUUACCACCCCAAGCCAAAGUUAAAAUAAACUCUUUUCAUGUUCAACCAGUUAGUUCUGUACGAGCUAAUAAACUUAGUAUUUCAAAUGGCCUUUCGAUUAGUCAUUCUACUGUGGUGACCAAUGGAGUGUCAGAUGUUUCACAACUUGCAAGAUCUCGAAAAUCUUUACCUGGUUUUAAUACUCUACGGCGUACCUCUACGGACAUAAGUACAACUUCUCCUGUUACUGUCGGUAAAUAAACGGAACAUUUUUAUUGUUCUCUGUUAAAAGUAUAAUGACGAUUCAUGUUAAUUUUUUUCUUGUUCAAAAUUUUCUCUCGUGUAAUACGAUUUAUCUCUUACAAUAUAUGCGUAUAAUUUAAUACGUAAAAACAAA